AUGCCCCGGGCAUCGCCACUGCCACGGCCACGGUGGGGCUGGCCUGGUGUGAAGGUGGUGGUCAUUGCUGGGGUGUUUGUAACCACCCUCUGGAACCUGAGGUGCUUCCUCGAUCCUUCCAAGGUCUCUGGAGAAGCCCCCAAGCAGACUGAGCCACUGGUGGUCCUGGUGUGGGAAUGGCCCUCAAAGCAAGUCCCCAACAUCAGUGGGGACAUUUGCCAUGAGCUGUAUGGCAUCACGGGCUGCUGGCUCACCACGGAGCGGCGGGGCCGCACGGAGCGGCGGCUCCUGGUCCAGGCGGACGUGGUGGUGUUCCCUGCCACCAGGCUCCAGCCCGGCAGGGACAGGCUGCCCAAGGAGAGGCCGCCGGGGCAGAACUGGGUGUGGGUCUCCCUGGAGUCUCCCUCCAACACUAAAGCUCUAGCAGGAUGGAACCAGACCUUCAACUGGGUGAUGACCUACAGACAGGAUUCAGACAUCUUCAUCCCCUACGGCAAGCUUGUGCCCAACCAGUCAGCCACCAUGAACAUCCCCAUGAAGACCAACUUGGUGUCCUGGGUUAUCAGCAACUACCACAGGACUCAGAAAAGAGCUGAAGUCUACAAAAACCUCUCCAGGUACCUCCAUGUGAACAUAUAUGGGAAAGCAAACAAAAAGCCGCUUUGCAAGGACUGCCUCUUGCCGACGACGUCCAAGUCCAAGUUCUACCUGGCAUUCGAGAACUCCAUCCACCAGGACUACAUCACCGAGAAGCUCUGGAGGAACUCGCUGAUGGCCGGCACCGUGCCUGUGGUGCUGGGGCCUCCCCGGGCCAACUACGAGCAGUUUGUCCCUGCAGACUCCUUCAUUCAUGUCAAUGACUUUGGUUCCCUGGCAGAGCUGGCCACCUUCCUGAAGACCAUGAACUCCAGCCGCUACCGGCAGUUCUUUGCCUGGCAGAGGAGGUUCAGCGUGAAGCUCUACGCUGACUGGAGGGAGCGGAUCUGCACCAUCUGCACCGCCUACCCCAGCCUGCCCCGUGGCCGUGUCUAUCGCGACCUGGAGAGCUGGUUCAACACCUAG